AUGUCCUCCUCGCUUACCGAGAGUGUGCCGGAGCACUGGGUGGCGACGCUGCGCCCGUACCUGCAGCGGGCGGACGAGUUUGAAAAGCUGCAGCCCGUCGUCGCGUACUUUUUGCGCACGCACGUCGCCAACCUCGCCUUGCGGCAGCGGCGGAAGGAGGACCACGCCGGCACGCAGUUCCUGCGCCAGCUCCUCCAGGCCCUGGAGGGCGACAAGCAGCGUCUCGGGCCGGCGGUCGCCGAGGCGGACGGCCGCACCGUGCUGACAAAGACGGCGCUCGCGUUGUUUGCGCGGGCCGACGACGCGGAGCGCGGCGGGGCCCCGGCGGACAUGGGCCUCGUGCGGCUCUUCUUCACCGCCUCCAUCCUUCUGGAUGCCACGGGGCAGUUCGCUGAGAACGGCGAGCUCGACCCCAUCGCGGCGAAGCGGCGCGACUACGCCCGCUACAUCGCGGUGCGCAUGAAGCGGGCGCUGGAGAGCGGCACACCGUACGAAAGCCCCAACGCCGCCGCCGCGGCCUCGUCGGAGGGAGGCGGCGAGGCGGCCUCUGACGACGCGGGUGACGCUAAAGAGGCACGGCAGCAGCAGCAGCAGCAGCCACUCUUUCCCGCGGCGGAGCUGCGGCCCCCGCCGCCAGAGCCGUUUGCCCCAAAUCCCACGCCCUCGCCGCCGCCGCCGCCGUAUGAGCCAUUCCGCCCUCCGGCGCCGCCCGCGUCCGUGACGGCGCCCGGUGGCAGUAGUGGCGGCGGCGGUCCCUCAAUGGACGCCAUGAUCAAUGCGCAAAAGUGUGCCAAGCAGGCGGUGAGUGCGCUGCAGUUUUACGACCAUGCCACGGCGCGAAAACAGCUCAUCUCCGCUCUGAACUUUCUGGGUCAGCAAUGA